AUUACUACCUUAGUCAGAGGCAGAACUCUCUCUAGGGUUUUACGUUGUACUUCCUUGUUUCAGACAAUAUGAGCCGUUAUCCUGAGGUAAAAUGGGCACAGAGGGACGACAAGGUUUUCAUUACAGUGCAAUUGGCGGAUGCAAAGAAUGCAAAAGUCAACCUUGAGCCAGAUGGGGUGUUUACUUUCUCUGCUAAUGCUGGAGCAGACAAUAACCUAUAUGAGCUGAAGUUGGAUCUUCAUGAUAAGGUCAAGGUGGAGGAAAGCAAAAUAAAUUAUGGAGUGAGGAGCAUCUUCUGUAUCCUGGAGAAGGCCGAGAAAGGAUGGUGGAAAAAAUUAUUGCAUGGGGAUGGCAGGGCACCCCAUUAUGUGAAAGUGGAUUGGGAUAAAUGGGUGGAUGAAGAUGAUGAUAGUGGGCCUGGUGAUUUGGAUUUGGGAGGAAUGGACUUUUCGAACUUUGGUGGUAUGGGUAUGGAUGAUGCUGGAAUGGGUGACUUUGAGGAUAGUGAUGACGAAGACCACGAAGUGGCAAAGCCAACAGGAGGCGACACCACUGAGGCUAAAGGAUAUUUGAUUCCAGAGGAGAAAGAUGCUGUUGAGGCUGAAGCAGGAACUUCUGAGAAUAAAGGUGCACCAAACACAUAGUGUUGUGUCAUUAGAGAUGCUAAAUUUCAAUCAAACUAUGAUUAUGCCUUUGCAAAUUUUUUGGUCUCUGUAAUGGGAUCAGACCGAGUUGUUUGCCUAAGUUGGUGCGAUUAAAGAAUUUGUAUUCAGAAAAAGGAUAAUUGUUUCUGUCUAAUGGAGAUAUAAAUUCUCUGACUUAACUUGGGAUGUUGUACUUAAGUUAUUUGACUUGAUGCUCCUAAAAUUGACACAUGCUUUUUAUCAUUGAUUGAUAAUAGUAAUAGAAAUCACAGUGGAUG